GUAACAAAACAAUCGGCGAACAAAGGGCAAGCUAAGAGCAAAGGUUUCCUUCCCGUCCUGGACUUCUCAAAGACGCGUCGCGGCACAGAUGUUGAGCACUCCACGACUGGAGAACACGCAAUUUCCAACCCCCUUCUGAGCGGUUCGAACGAUCAGGCGCCUAGGAGCUCGAGACGGAUGCCUUCGGCCAGGCAGACUGCGGCAUAUGGUGCAGGGGGCAGCAGUGGCCUGAGAAAGCCCCUCCACUCCAGGACGACGUCGAUCGAGCGAACCCCGCAGGCGGGCACGUAUCCUGCCAGCACCAGCACCUCGCAGAGCGGCUCAGGGAUGGCCGCACCAUCGGGGGGGUCAUCUUCUAGCCGAUACCAGCCACCGCAGCUCCGUUCGGGUGGAGCAUCACUACGGUCGAGGUUACAGUUGUCUCAGGGAGGGGAGGGUAGUGAGCAGACCAGCAGCAACGGUGGGAGCAGGCGGCCUGUCAUACCCUCCUUGAGCUUUGCCAAGCAUGAGGGCCUGGGAUUUGGCUCCUCGGGUGGAAUCGAUGAGUGCAAGAGCGCACGCCUGGCCACGCUGCCCUCCGGGGGUGGCCACUCGCGUACGCAUUCCACGCACCCAAUGCCGCGGCUGACACACCAGGCACCCCUGACAGCGAGGCAGACAGUGGCUGCGGGUGAUGGGGCGUCAAGGCCUGGCCACAGCAGGUUGCCGUCAUCCAUAUUGCACUGCGGGCCACUCACCUCGGCUCAGGUUCUCAGGCGCUACUCUGAGUACCUGACGAACUAUGAGCAGAGCGAGAUUCUUGAGUACCAGCAUGUAUAUUUCAUUGGGAAGAGUGCCAACAAGAUCAAAGGGAACCCACACUCUGUCCACCUGAACCAUGGGUAUGAUGAUGAACGUGGCGACUACCACACAGUGCUGCAUGACCACAUUUCAUAUCGUUAUGAAGUGCUGUCAGUCUUGGGGAAGGGUAGCUUUGGCCAGGUGUUGAAAUGUUACGAUUACAAGACCCACACCCUGCAGGCUGUGAAGAUCAUUCGAAACAAAAAGCGUUUCCAUCAUCAGGCACUGGUGGAAGUGAAGGUUUUGGAGAUGCUGAGGCAGAGGGACUCAGAUGACGGCCGCAAUGUGGUGCACAUGCAUGAGUACUUUUACUUUCGGAGCCACUUGUGCAUAGCCUUCGAGCUCAUGUCGAUAAACCUCUACGAGCUCAUCAAGCAGAACAACUUUCAGGGUCUCAGCCUGGGGUUGAUCAGGCGUUUUGCUGUACAAAUCUUGGUGUCACUGAAGUUCCUUCGCUCUCUGCGCAUCAUCCACUGUGAUCUGAAGCCAGAGAACAUCCUGCUCAAGCAGCCCAACCGGUCAGCGGUCAAGGUCAUCGACUUUGGGAGCAGCUGCCUGGAGGAUGAGCGACUUUAUACAUACAUCCAGAGUCGGUUUUACAGGGCACCCGAAGUUAUUCUGGGCCUGCCUUAUGGGACAGCCAUUGACAUGUGGAGCCUUGGCUGCAUUCUUGCCGAACUGUACACAGGUUAUCCAAUAUUUCCAGGUGAGAAUGAGCAAGAGCAGCUGCUGUGCAUCAUGGAGGUCCUCAGCGUCCCUCCUCGGACCAUGCUGGAGGGCUCGUCCAGGUGCAAGCUGUUCUUCGACUCACAGUUCCGUCCCCGAAUCGUGGCCUCCUCCAGGGGCAAGAAGCGCCACCCAGGCACCAAGGACCUUGCCAUGAAGCUGCGCUGCAAGGACCGCAACUUCCUGUCGUUCCUUGAGGGCUGUUUCAGGUGGGACCCACAACAGAGGACGACACCAGAAGAGGCUCUGCUGCACCCAUGGAUCACAGACCAUGUGCCGCCUGCCACCCAUCGUGCCCACACCUCAUCGUACUCCCACAAGUACAGCCCAUCUGAAGCUGCAGCGCUGUCGGCAGCAAAGUUUGGUUGGCGUGGUGGCAAUGUCGACUCCAGCAUCCCCAAUUCCCGCAUCCCUUUCCGGCAGUCACCGGCCAACCAGUUGCAGGGCAGCAGCACCUCACGCACGAUCACUGGCCACCGCCGGCAGCACUCUGUGGACCACAGGGUCCAUGAACCAAACCCGCAGAUGCCACCAAUGGAGACCAACUUCCUGCCGCGCUUGCUGUCCCUGCAGCAGCAAUAG